AUGGCCACAAUGAUGAGAGCUGCGGUCUACGGCGCGUUCUCUGGGCCGAUCAACAUCCAGGAGGUGCCAAAGCCUUAUGCACCAGCGGGAGGACUGCUUCUCAGAGUCAAGGCCUGCGGCGUUUGCCGCUCCGAUUACCACGGCUGGAAGGGUUUGGACAGCGACAUCGUCCAGCAUGGCCUGCCCUUCACGCCGGGUCAUGAGCUGAGUGGCGUCGUCGUGAAAUUGGGCGAGGGUACAACCAAGUUCCAGGUAGGUGACCGCGUGGCCGUCCCUUUCAUCCUCAGCUGCGGGGCAUGCCGGCAGUGUGCAAGGAGCCGACCUACCAUUUGCGAGGCACAAGCUCAGCCGGGCUUUACCUUUCCAGGUGGCUUCGCAGAGUUCGUAGCGAUACCCCGCGCGGACCGAAACUGCAGCCUCAUACCACCGAAGGUCUCCUUCCUGCAGGCUGCAGCUCUGGGAUGUCGAAUGACGACCGCAUAUCGAGCUGUCAUGCAGCAAGGCCGAUUGAAGCCGGGUGAGACCCUGGCAGUUUUUGGCUGCGGUGGUUUGGGACUCUCAGCGGUGAUGGUCGCCUUGGCCGCGGCAGAAAACGUGCGCGUUUUGGCUGUGGAUCCAAGCGAGGAGGCAUGCAGGAAAGCCGUGGAGCUCGGCGCCUGGCAUGCUUUCGAUGCCAAGGAAGGUGACGAAUAUGUUCGAGCCAAAGUUGCCGAAGUCACCGCCGGAUUUGGUGCCGACGUCACUGUCGAUGCAGCAGGUUUCGCCAAGUCCUGUGAAAAUGCGGUUUGGUGCACCAGGCGCGGUGGUCGAAUGGUCCAGGUUGGCCUGCCACACGGCGAGGAACCCCGCCUACCGAUGGCACGCGUCGCAGGGCUGGAGAUCGAGAUUAUAGGUUCUCAUGGCUUGGCGGCAACGGACAUGCCUUUGCUGCUCUCUAUGGUGGCCGCUGGAAAGCUGCAGCCGGAAAAGCUGGUUGAGCGCGAAGUGAACCUCGAAGAAGGGGCCAAGGCUUUGGAGGCCAUGGCGAACGGCUCAGCCCUGGGCAUGACGAUGAUCACUCGCUUCAAGGACAAGGAUGCGGAAGCAGCAGCAAAGCGAGCAAGGACUGCCUGA